UAAAGUAGUGUUAAGGAAGUUGUCACUUUGAGAGAAAUCGAGCGUUUUUUGUUGUUGCAGAAGUUAAGAUAAUUCAGAUGGCAACAGGCAUCUUAUAUGUGAAACAAAAAUCCAAUAAAGUCAGCGCAUUACAAAGAUUUCCUCAAAAGUAGCGGAAAGCCAAGGCCAAGAGGAGAGUGACUUUGGUGCAAAUCAGCUGAUUUCAUUUCACGGUGCUGCCUUGAAAUCGAUUUUUCAAUGUUGCAAAAGGAACAAAUCAAAGUGGCUAGAUGGAAAUUUUGGAUGUAGAUAAUCCUGGAUUGAUUGAAGCCCGGUCAAACUGUUACUUAACAAAAGUCACCGCAACGUAAUCGUUGGCCGGAACUACUGGUGGAAAAUCGAUACAAACACCUAGUGGUUUGAAAAUGUGGUGCACUGUGAUAGGAAUUGUACUCGGGGUGAUUGUGGCCCUGUACGCGCUAUUUGAGUUGCACUACUUCCUGCGGAUGUGCCUUUGUGUAAUUGCAGCGCGGUACAUCAAGAAACGAAUGCACAUCCUGGAAACUGCUACGGUUUGUGGUUUAUGCCUUACAAAUGACGUCGACACGUUAUUAUACCACAUGAAUAAUGCUCGUUACCUGCGCGAGGUAGACUUUGCUCGGGUUGACUUUUACGAAAGGACACUUCUCUGGCGGACAAUCCUCAGCAAGGGCGGAUCGGUGGUUCAGGGAGCAACGACCAUUCGCUAUCGAAGAUUUAUUCGUCCAUUUACUCGUUUUACUAUCAGUUCUAGGAUCGUAUACUGGGACAAUCAGUCAAUUUUCAUGGAACACCGAUUCAUCGGUCGUACGGAUGGCUUUAUCCACUGUAUCGCGUUGUGCCGACAACGGGUCAUUCAGUGUUCCGUAGAGGACGUCAUGGCGACGCUGCUGAAGCCCAUCGAGACCGCGACUAGUUCGACCGAGUGUCUGGAAAAGCUCGAGAAUGGCAUCGAAAGUGGUGGAAAUGUUACGACUGUGACCACUUGCGUCGAAUAUGCUGCAAAAUUGAAACCGGAAAUACCCCCGGAAGUGGCCAAGUGGCUUGAAUGGAACGACAUUUCUAGUGCUUGCUUACGCAGUGGAUGUUGAUCAGAUUUUAUUGACUCACAGGAUUUGAAAUGUGUGCUAUCCUGCUUUUUACC